GCACGCCCAGCCUCCAGGCCAGUGUCCUCGUCAAGUUUCUUCGCGUGCACCACUUGUUCCACGAACUAGCCUGCUGCAAGUUUUCUCGGGACUGGAGAGCCAUGUGGGCUAAAGCAGCUAAGAUCGUCGGGGACUUGGCUAACAGGACCCCAGAAUUGAAAGACCGGCUGCUACUGCCGGACGGCCUGAUGGGUCCGCACAACGUACUCCCCAUCGGCUUCGGCUUUGCUCCUUUCCGACGGAGGCGGCACAUCAACAAAUGUACCCGUCCUACCACAAAGCAUGCACGUCAAGAACAUAACCGCCGGAUAGCUUAUAUCUAUCUUCACAAGAGGACGAGCAUGCCUUCUUCCAGCCACUGCAGCCAGGAGUUGUCACCUGAAAUCUUUGCUAAGGCGCGGGAUGAUUGGUUUCAGACAAUUUUUGAGGAAUGUAUUAAAGCUGCUACACACCUGGAGCUUAAUCAAGGCUGCGUGCUUCAAUCGAGUGUGAGGGAAGGUAAAUUCACACUUGUUUUAUCCACUAAACCUUAAAUUUUGUCAAUAAGUAUCUGUCACUCUUUCCACUCAAUCGAUAUCUUGGCUACCUUGAAUCCUAUUGUAAAUCAUUGUCAUGACAUUAUUUCAUACAGCUUUCCGUCUCUGCUUUGGUGAAUUUUAACAUCAGGUUUGUUUGAAGACGUUAGCACUUGCAUGUUAAUCAUUUGCAUAACUAGAAUCAACUAACUCUUGGCCUACUUCGAUGCAUUGUAUGUUGCUGUUGUUUCGCUGUUACUGUGUCUUUUGUUACCUUCAUCCUUACAAAACAAUAGUUUUCUAUCUGCUGCUCUGAUUUUGCCAUUAUUGCUCUGUGGGGGGUACUUGCACGUGUAACAUUGGCGGAGCUAGACGUUGGAUAGGGUUGGCAGGGAUUUCCCAAUAGCCUUUAUAUGAACAGUUCGAUUGUUGGCCCACUCUGGCUCAUUGGGCUGGAUCCGAAGAAGAUC